AUGCCGGGUACAAGUACAGUCCCCCCGUCUAUGGGAUGCACUGGAAGUUGUCCUACUAGAAUUAUCGUUACACAGACUGGUGGAUUUAUUACUGAGACGACCUUUGGCCCAAUGCCGGGAACAAGUACAAUCCCGCCUUCCAUUGGAUGCACCGGAAGCUGUCCUACAAAGAUUGUCAUUACUGUUACUGGCGGACUAAUUACCGAAUCGACAUACGGUCCAACACCUGGUACAAGUACUGUUCUUCCAUCGUCAGGAUGUACGGGAGUGUGUCCUACUAGAAUUAUCGUUACACAGACUGGUGGAUUUAUUACUGAGACGACCUUUGGCCCAAUACCGGGAACAAGUACAAUCCCGCCUACUAUUGGAUGUACCGGAAGCUGUCCUACAAAGAUUGUUAUUACUGUUACCGGUGGUCUAAUUACCGAAUCGACAUACGGUCCAACACCUGGUACAAGUACUGUUCUUCCAUCGUCAGGAUGUACGGGAGUGUGUCCGACUAGAAUUAUCGUUACACAAACUGGUGGAUUUAUUACUGAGACGACCUUUGGCCCAAUGCCGGGUACAAGUACAGUCCCCCCGUCCAUGGGAUGCACUGGAAGUUGUCCUACUAGAAUUAUCGUUACACAGACUGGUGGAUUUAUUACUGAGACGACCUUUGGCCCAAUGCCGGGAACAAGUACAAUCCCGCCUUCCAUUGGAUGCACCGGAAGCUGUCCUACAAAGAUUGUCAUUACUGUUACUGGCGGACUAAUUACCGAAUCGACAUACGGUCCAACACCUGGUACAAGUACUGUUCUUCCAUCGUCAGGAUGUACGGGAGUGUGUCCUACUAGAAUUAUCGUUACGCAAACUGGUGGAUUUAUUACUGAGACAACCUUUGGCCCAAUACCGGGAACAUAUACAAUCCCGCCUACUAUUGGAUGUACCGGAAGCUGUCCUACAAAGAUUGUUAUUACUGUUACCGGCGGUCUAAUUACCGAAUCGACAUACGGUCCAACACCUGGUACAAGUACUGUUCUUCCAUCGUCAGGAUGUACGGGAGUGUGUCCGACUAGAAUUAUCGUUACACAAACUGGUGGAUUUAUUACUGAGACGACCUUUGGCCCAAUGCCGGGUACAAGUACAGUCCCCCCGUCUAUGGGAUGCACUGGAAGUUGUCCUACUAGAAUUAUCGUUACACAGACUGGUGGAUUUAUUACUGAGACGACCUUUGGGCCAAUGCCGGGAACAAGUACAAUCCCGCCUUCCAUUGGAUGCACCGGAAGCUGUCCUACAAAGAUUGUCAUUACUGUUACUGGCGGACUAAUUACCGAAUCGACAUACGGUCCAACACCUGGUACAAGUACUGUUCUUCCAUCGUCAGGAUGUACGGGAGUGUGUCCUACUAGAAUUAUCGUUACACAGACUGGUGGAUUUAUUACUGAGACAACCUUUGGCCCAAUACCGGGAACAAGUACAAUCCCGCCCACUAUUGGAUGUACCGGAAGCUGUCCUACAAAGAUUGUUAUUACCGUUACCGGCGGUCUAAUUACCGAAUCAACAUACGGUCCAACACCUGGUACAAGUACUGUUCUUCCAUCGUCAGGAUGUACGGGAGUGUGUCCUACUAGAAUUAUUGUUACAGAGACUGGUGGAUUUAUUACUGAGACGACCUUUGGGCCAAUGCCUGGAACAAGUACAAUUCCCCCAUCUAUUGGAUGCACUGGAAGUUGUCCUACUAGAAUUAUCGUUACACAGACUGGUGGAUUUAUAACUGAGACGACCUUUGGGCCAAUGCCGGGAACAAGUACAAUCCCACCUUCCAUUGGAUGUACCGGAAGCUGUCCUACAAAGAUUAUUAUUACUGUUACUGGCGGUUUAAUUACCGAAUCGACAUACGGUCCAACACCUGGUACAAGUACUGUUCUUCCAUCGUCAGGAUGUACGGGAGUGUGUCCUACUAGAAUUAUCGUUACACAGACUGGUGGAUUUAUUACUGAGACGACCUUUGGCCCAAUGCCGGGAACAAGUACAAUCCCGCCUUCCAUUGGAUGCACUGGAAGCUGUCCUACAAAGAUUGUUAUUACUGUUACUGGUGGACUAAUUACCGAAUCUACAUACGGUCCAACACCUGGUACAAGUACUGUUCUUCCAUCGUCAGGAUGUACGGGAGUGUGUCCUACUAGAAUUAUCGUUACACAGACUGGUGGAUUUAUUACUGAGACGACCUUUGGCCCAAUACCGGGAACAAGUACAAUCCCGCCUUCCAUUGGAUGCACCGGAAGCUGUCCUACAAAGAUUGUUAUUACUGUUACUGGCGGACUAAUUACCGAAUCGACAUACGGUCCAACACCUGGUACAAGUACUGUUCUUCCAUCGUCAGGAUGUACGGGAGUAUGUCCUACUAGAAUUAUUAUUACAGAGACUGGUGGAUUUAUUACUGAGACGACCUUUGGGCCAAUGCCUGGAACAAGUACAAUUCCCCCAUCUAUUGGAUGCACUGGAAGCUGUCCUACUAGAAUUAUCGUUACACAGACUGGUGGAUUUAUUACUGAGACGACCUUUGGCCCAAUGCCGGGAACAAGUACAAUUCUGCCUUCCAUUGGAUGCACCGGAAGCUGUCCUACAAAGAUUGUCAUUACUGUUUCCGGCGGAUUUACUACUGAGUCGACAUUGGGACCUACGCCGGGUACUAGCACUAUUCCUCCAUCUUCUGAUUGCGUAGGAGUCUGUCCUACAAAGAUUAUAGUCACUACAAACAGUAUCGCUACGUAUACUUCAAAUAGCUACGUAACAACGUCACAGCCAUGGACUGGUACAUAUAUUACAACGUACACCAUUUCACCAAUCAGCACGAUCCCUGGUACCAUUGUCAUUCAAACUCCUCAGAGCUACGUAGUAACAACGCAGACGUGGACUGGUCUUGGAACUACGACUACUACUGUUCUGCCUAGUGGUACCCUUCCCGGGACUAUUAUUAUUCAGACUCCUCAGAGCUAUAUAGUAACAACGCAGACGUGGACUGGUCUUGGAACGACUACUACUACUAUUCCACCUAGUGGUACUCUUCCCGGUACUAUUAUUAUUCAGACUCCUCAGAGCUAUGUAUUAACGACGCAGACGUGGACUGGUCUUGGAACUACGACUACUACUGUUCCGCCUAGCGGUACUCUUCCCGGUACAAUUAUUAUUCAGACCCCUUACAGCUAUGCAGUAACGACGCAGACGUGGACUGGUCUUGGAACGACUACUACUACCGUUCCACCUAGUGGUACUAUUCCCGGUACUAUUAUUAUUCAGACCCCUUAUAGCUACGCUGUAACGACGCGGCCGUGGACUGGUCUUGGAACUACAACUACUACUAUUCCGCCUAGUGGUAUUAUUCCCGGUACUAUUAUUAUUCAAACCCCUUAUAGCUAUGUAGUAACGACGCAGGCGUGGACUGGUCUUGGAACUACGACUACUACUGUUCCGCCUAGCGGUACUCUUCCCGGUACAAUUAUUAUUCAGACUCCGCAGAGCUAUGCAGUAACAACGCAGACGUGGACUGGUCUUGGAACGACUACUACUACUGUUCCUCCUAGUGGUACUAUUCCGGGUACUAUUAUUAUUCAGACUCCUGAGAGCUACGUAGUAACGACGCAGUCGUGGACUGGUCUUGGAACGACUACUACCACCGUUCCACCUAGCGGUACUAUGCCGGGAACCGUCAUUGUCUUCACUCCAAUUCCGUUGUCGUUAUCCUUUAACCAGCCUUUGUAUUGUGGCUUAUCAUGCUCUUUCGGCUCGUCGAACGCUUUUGUGUCUGCAUCUAGAGCUGGAGUUGCAGCUGCUGGAGUUCUUAUUACAAUAACUAUUCCAUCAGGUUUCAAAUUUCCUGGUGGAUCUGGAACAUUUUCUGUCAAGCAACAGCACAAGUUGAAGCCGGAAAUUUACUAA